UCCUUACCCUCUCCCGUCUGCAUGGACCCCACCUCCCCAAUUCCAGGGCCUUUGUUUGCUUCUCCCUAGGACUGAACCCUCUGAUCCACCACUGCCCUGCCCCUUUGGGUGGGAGGGAUAUGGAAACACAUGUGUCACACAGCCUCGCUGACCUGUGCCCUCCUCCCCCUGCCCCUCCACUCCUCCUUCCUCCCUUACCUGCCAUCCAUGGGGCUGGCCUCUCUCUUCUGGAUGACUUUUCCACCUGAUCCCUUCUGGGCUGGCUUCUCCUGACCCCGGCCAUGUGCCUCCACCCCUCGCCCUAAUCCCAGUCCCGGAACAGCCUGCAGCAGGGGGACGUGGACGGGGCCCAGCGUCUGGGCCGUGUGGCCAAGCUCUUAAGCAUCGUGGCACUGGUGGGGGGAGUGCUCAUCAUCAUCGCCUCCUGCGUCAUCAACUUAGGCGGUGAGUGGGGGCUUGGGACAGGCAGGGGAGGAAUGGAAGGGUUGGCAAGGGCAGCUUUACUAACCCCUGCCCCUGCUCUCUCCUGUCUGUCCUCCUUACCUCUCCUUUGUCUCUCCUUGUCUCCCCCUCCCCCCUGUCUGUCCUUCCCUCUCCUCUCCCACAGUGUAUAAGUGAGGGGCUCUGCCCCACAUCCCAAGACUUUUCUUCCUGUUGGGAGCUGCCUUGGGCCCAUCCCUCCCCUGGGGGGAGCCCAACUGAUGGCCCUGGCCCCCACCCCUAAGGACCAAGGGAGCCUGAGCAGCCUUGUUUACAGCUUCUGUCCUGCUCCUGCAUCUUGCCAGGCUCCUCUGCCAACUGUAGGCCUCCCUCAUCCCUGCACUGGUUCCAACCUCCCUGCACUUCUGCCUGCAUCCCCUCCAGCCUCUUGGCCCCCUAUCCCUGCACUUCUGGAAACCUCCCUGCACUCUGGAAACCUCCCCCAACACCUCCCCAACGCUGCGCUCUCAGCCUCCCUGCAUCUCUGUUGGCCUCCCUGCACUUCUUCCCGCCUCCCAAAUUCUCUGGACCUCCACCUUGGCCUUCUCCCAACUUUCAUUGUCUUGGCAUCUCUCAAACCUCAGUCCUCUCUUCCUUCCCUUAUCAUCUCCCCUUUCCUCUCCACGUCCCUCCCCCUUCCUCUUCCUGCCUCCUCAUCUCCCUUAAGCAUCCUCUUCUCCAACCUCCCGUCACCGUUUACUCUGCAAAAAUGACAGCACUUAGACGAGGCUUGGGGGCGGGAAGCAGUGUUGGGAGAGGGCUCCCCAACCCCGGGCUCCGACUGUUCUCUGCUGGGACCACCCAGGGUCGGACACCCAAGGGUGUCUUGCAGGUCGUAGAGCUGGCAAGCCGGGCCUCGUGUGGGGACUCGGGCGAGGGUGGCGAGCACUGGUUCCGAACGCACGCAGGGGAGAAGCGAGGGACGCGGCGCUGACCCCUCCAGGUCAGCUGGAGUUGACCCGCCCACCUGGGCUUUUCAACCCCAGUCCACGAGUUUUUUCUUGAAGGUGUUGGGGCUAGAUUUAUUCACGUGCUUCGUAACGAAAGAAUCCAAAAAAUAGGACCAAAGCGCCCACAGGCAGGAGCGAGGGCGGGGCGGGGCGCUCUAUAAUUAUUUUCUAAGCUGACGGGGGAGGUUUGUUGCACGCGACAGCCCGCUGAGGAGGCGGGGACCGAGCUACAACGCGGUUCGGAUUUGGCGGGGUUUUUUUUCCAAAAAAAAACUAAAAUUCUUAAAAAAAAAAAAAAAAAAAAGGCUAUUAUCAAACUGAUUUCUCCCUUUUUGUAUGCCGGAUGCUGCAUGAGUCUGAAACACCAAUAAACGGAGACUGCAUGAGACUCGCCUCCAGUCUCGGUUGGUUCCUGCGUUCGUCCCGCCGGCCCGGCGGUGCUGCCUCUCUUCCGGCAGAACCUUACCGCGUGGUAUGCGCAUGCGCCUUCCGGGUGGCCAUCUUUACUGUGGGCUGAAGCCUGCGCGCCUAUUCGCGCAUGUGCAAGCCUUCCCUCGCUUUCCUCUUCCAAGUAGCCUUAACUAGAGCGGAGCCUCCAGCGCCAUUUCUGUGCGCCUGCGUAGUGUGACCCUGCGCAGCCUGGGAGGCGGGUCUUAGCUCCAGGUGCGUACGGCGGCUGACUUGACGUGGCCCACAACUGCGAGGUCCGGGGAGAAGGCGCCGCGUCCAAGUGUAGAGAGGGGCGGCGUGGAAGCGAAAAGAGUAGCCCGUCCCUCUCUUUCCUCUUUCCCCCUUUCGGAAAGUGGUUUCUGCGGGGCCCGGGAGCGUCGGAGUACCGGACCUCGAUCCACGGGGUGGGGUCCUUGGUGGGGACUGAGCGCCCCCUCCCGGGGACGGGCGGUCUGGCCGCAGCGUCCCCUGCGGGAGCCUGAUUGGCUGGAGACGGUCCCGUACCCCGCCCCCCCCCCGGGGAGCCCGAUCCCUGGGGGACCCUGCCUUCGGACUCCAGCAGCUGUCAUCGCAGGGUCCCUGCCCUAGUGGCCUAUGUCACUUGCUCGGGGCCAUGGGGACACUGCGGCCACCACGGCGGCGCCUCUGUCUGAAGAAGGGGAAGUGACCUCCGGCCUCCAGGCUCUGGCCGUGGAGGAUACCGGAGGCCCCUCUGCCUCGGCCGGUAAGGCCGAGGACGAGGAGGAAGGAGGCCGAGAGGAGACCGAGCGUGAGGGGUCCGGGGAAGAGAAGGCGCAGGGAGAAGUCCCCAGCGCCGGUAGGGAAGAGCCUGCGGAGGAGGACUCCGAUGACUGGUGCGUGCCCUGCAGCGACGAGGAGGUGGAGCUGCCCGCGGAUGGGCAGCCCUGGAUGCCCCCGCCCUCCGAAAUCCAGCGGCUCUAUGAACUGCUGGCUGCCCACGGUACCCUGGAGCUGCAGGCCGAGAUCCUGCCCCGCCGGCCUCCCACGCCGGAGGCCCAGAGCGAAGAGGAGAGAUCCGAUGAGGAGCCGGAGGCCAAAGAAGAGGAAGAGGAAAAACCACACAUGCCCACGGAAUUUGAUUUUGAUGAUGAACCAGUGACACCAAAGGACUCCCUGAUUGACCGGAGACGCACCCCAGGAAGCUCAGCCCGGAGCCAGAAGCGGGAGGCCCGCCUGGACAAAGUGCUGUCGGACAUGAAGAGACACAAGAAGCUGGAGGAGCAGAUCCUUCGUACCGGGAGAGACCUCUUCAGCCUGGACUCGGAAGACCCCAGCCCUGCCAGCCCCCCACUCCGAUCCUCCGGGAGUAGUCUCUUUCCUCGGCAGCGGAAGUACUGACUCCCACUGCUCCUGCCUCUAGGGUGCGGUGUCUGUACCUGCUGGGGCCUGGGCCCUCCUUCCCGAGCCCAGACACUGAGAAACUUGGGAAGAAGAGAAAAACCUCAAGCUCCCAAACAGUACAUUGCGGGAAAGAGGAAGAGUGUGUGUGUGUGUGUGUGUGUGUGUGUGUGUGUGUUUUCUAUUGAACACCUGUAGAGAGAGUGUGUGAGCGUGUGUGUGUGUUUUUUCUAUUGAACACCUAUUCGGAGACCUGGACUGAAUUUUCUGAGUCUGAAAUAAAAGAUGCAGAGCUAUCAUCUCUUAAAA